AUGAGGUUUGAGGAAAUCCUGGAUGAUAUUGGUGGCUUUAAUAAAUUUCAGAUUCUGCUCCUGGUCAUCCUGUGCUUGCCUCGUGCCAUCCUCCCCCUCCACUUCCUCCUGCAUAACUUCAUCUCUGCCACCCCUCCUCACCGAUGCUCCCUCAGCGGCCCAGAGGAAACAAAUGGAAGCAGGUGGGCCCCCGACUCCAAGACACUGGCCCUCAGGAUCCCCCGCCAGGAUGAUGGCUCCUUCAGCUCCUGCAGGGUCUAUGAUUCAUCACCGAGCAGCAACCUCAGCCAAGCAAACAGGACUGUACUGUGUCCAGAUGGCUGGAUCUACGACCUCUCACAGUUUAGCUCCACAACUGCCUCAGAGUGGGAUCUGGUGUGUGAUAACAAACAUCUGAAUCAAGCUCUCGCCACCUACUUCUUCCUCGGUGUCACAUUUGGAGCCAUUCUGUUUGGGCAGCUUUCAGAUAAGUUUGGCCGUAAAGCCAUGCUUCUGGUAGCUUUAAUUGCCAGCUGCAUGCUGGGAGCCACCUCUGCCUUCUCUACCUCCUACGUCAUGUUUGCCAUCUCCAGAGCUCUCAGCGGCGUGGCCCUCAGCGGGCUCUCCAUCAUUGGCGUGGUUCUUGGCAUCGAGUGGACGGAUGUAAAGCACCGGACGUUUACUGGGACUGUUAUGAGCUUGUCGUGGAGCAUGGGAAAUAUGCUUCUCGCCCUGCUCGCCUACUUCAUUAGAGACUGGAGGCAUCUGAUGCUGGCGGUGACAGUGCCCUGCGUUGUUGCCAUCAUCACCUGGUGGUGGCUGCCUGAGUCUGCACGCUGGCUGCUGGUUAGCGGCAGAAUAGAAGAAGCCAAGAAAUAUCUGGUUCAGUGCGCUACAAUGAACGGGAGGGAUGCAAACACAUCCAAACUGGAUAGUGAGGUUCUGGGGAAGGUUGCUGUGUCUGAGGUUGCUGAAAAGAACCACACCUACCUGGAUCUGAUUAAAACCCCCCAGCUGAGGAAGAUCACCCUCUGCUCCGGGUUGUUCUGGUUUGCUGCUGCCUUCUUAUACUACGGAAUCAGUUUCAAGAUCUCAGGUUUUGGUGUCAACAUCUACCUCACUCAGUUCAUCUACGGCGCCAUCGAAGCUCCCGCCAAAAUCCUCACCUUCUUUGUUCUGGACUGGAUAGGCCGGCGUAAUGGUCAGGCGUGGUUUCUGAUCACAACAGGAGCGCUGAUUGGAAUAAAUACAGCCAUACCUUUAGGGUACACUAUGCUUCGUAUGUGCAUUGCUGUGGUGGCAAAGGGCUUCUCCGAGGCAGCGUUCACCACUGCCUUCCUGUACUCAGCUGAACUCUAUCCAACCAUCCUGAGGCAGUGUGGUUUAGGCUACACAUCGUGUCUCUGUCGGAUCGGAAGCUCCCUGGCUCCAAUGAUUAUGCUGCUGGAGGACGUUUGGCUUCUUUUGCCCCCUGUGAUCUUUGCGGGGACCGGGAUUAUCAGCGGCAGCUUGGUCUUCCUGCUCCCAGAGACGCUCAACGUCCGUCUGCCUGAAAACAUCUUUGAUGUUGAGGAGGGAAGACACAUGCAGAGUGAUGCAGAUGGAGGAGCUCAGACUGAGCUAAAGGAAAUAAACUGUAAAGAUUCGACAGCAUCUGAGGAGGAAGGAAAUGAUGACUCGGCUGCAGUGGAGGGAAGAAAUUCUCCCUGCUGGUCUCAGAUAUUUAAAAAUGAUUGAUGUAGUGUGUGUGUGGGGGGGAGGCAGCAGUGAAUGGCUGCUUUUAUUUUGGUUUUGGCCUUUAACAAAUUUUUUCUACCACUACUUUGCUGAGGACUGGGGGGUGCGGCGGGGUCAUCGGUUAUCUGAUUGGACAUCAGUUGCCACCUCAGGUGAUUGACAGGUCCUUAGAAGGACAGAAACCUCUUUUCAAACCUGUACUGCUCACUAGGAUCACCAAUUUGAAGUAAAUUUUUAAAGUAGUUACCCAACCGGUCAUCCUAAAAAUUAAAUUGACAUGCAGCUGCACCAUUCCUAGAAGAGAUUUUGUCCCUGUACAAUUAUUAAUAUUAUUAAAGGCUAAUAACCUGGUGUUAGCAUGAAGCUACAUAGCAGUCCUGACAGUUUGGGAUGAAAUGAAUCAACUUUAAUGGAUGCAAAACAGGCAGAUUAAGAAAAACAA